AUUGUACAGAUCUCCAUCUCCUAAAGAAAUUGCCAAGUUUUUUUAUCAUCAAUUCCUCAAGAAAUGUACGUCCAGUGGGAUCUAUGAACCUAUAGAUAGCUCUUGUUUCUACUAUUCGCACUGUUUGUUUGUGCCUUCCCCGUUCAUCCCCUUCCCAACCCCAAAUAUGGCGCGUUGUUUGUUCCCGUUUGGUUUACCGUUACCCCUCCCUACAGUACUCCUGCAUGCCCCUCCGUAGCUCCCUCUAUCCCUCCUGCUCCACCCCCGCUCUACCUCAAGUGCUUUCUUUCACCUUCGACCGGUCGUUCUCCUUCCAUCAACAAUUCCCCAAUCUUGCGUUGGUCCGAUUCUGUCAGUCCGUCUUACUCACACGCGAUACAGAUACAGUGCUUUCUUGUUCUUAAUCAACAGCUACCAAGCAUAAAGCUCUAAUCUCUCAUCAUGGUCAAGGCGGCUGUUCUCGGAGCCUCUGGUGGCAUUGGCCAGCCUCUAUCUCUUCUGUUGAAGGCAUGCCCUCUGGUUGAUGAGCUUGCUCUCUACGAUGUCGUCAACACCCCCGGCGUCGCUGCGGAUCUGUCUCACAUCUCUUCUGUCGCUAAAGUCUCCGGCUACCUUCCCAAAGACGAUGGUCUGAAGAAUGCAUUGACUGACACUGAUGUUGUCGUCAUUCCUGCUGGAAUCCCUCGCAAGCCUGGCAUGAGUCGUGACGAUCUUUUCAAGGUGAAUGCUGGUAUCGUCCGCGACUUGGUGACGGGAAUCGCACAGUACUGCCCCAAGGCUUUUGUACUCAUCAUCUCGAAUCCUGUAAACUCCACAGUCCCAAUCGCCGCUGAGGUGCUCAAGAAACAGGGUGUCUUCGAUCCCAAGCGCCUCUUUGGAGUCACCACUCUGGAUGUUGUCCGUGCAGAGACCUUCACUCAAGAAUAUUCCGGACAGAAGGAUCCAUCCAAAGUUCAAAUUCCUGUCGUUGGCGGGCACUCUGGCGAGACCAUCGUUCCCCUCUUUAGCAAGGCUUCCCCUGCCUUGGAUAUUCCUGCAGACAAGUAUGACGCACUUGUGAACCGUGUCCAGUUCGGCGGAGAUGAGGUAGUCAAGGCUAAAGAUGGCGCCGGCUCCGCCACUUUGUCCAUGGCUUAUGCUGGCUUCAGAUUUGCCGAAAGGGUUAUCAGGGCUUCGCAGGGCCAGUCAGGCAUUGUCGAACCCACUUACAUUUACUUGCGAGGUGUCACUGGUGGCGAGGAAAUCGCCAACGACACAGGUGUUGAGUUCUUCUCGACUCUUGUCGAACUCGGACCUAAUGGCGCGGAGAAAGCCAUCAACAUUCUCCAGGGCGUCACCGAGCAGGAAAAGACGCUCCUCGAGGCUUGCACCAAGGGCCUUAAGGGCAACAUCGAAAAGGGCAUCGAAUUCGUCAAGAAUACCCCACCAAAGUAAACUCGCCUAUCCCCGUCAAACAAGCUCACCCCCAUUGGCCAGCCGCACCGUUGUCUUCCCUGAAGAGCACUUGUCGGUGGCAUUUUCCCCUCCCCGAAGAGCUCACCACAAUUGAAAAGGACGUCGCUGAUCAAAGCUAUCCCGGAAAGAUAGGCUCUAAAUUAUAAGGUUGAUGAAGACUGAUGGAGGAGGUGGCCGUGGGGUUGAUCAUUAGGUUCUUGAAAUGCAGGGCCCUAGAGACAUGCAUGCAGAAACGAAAUGAAUCCUUUUUUUUCUUUUUUGCUUUUAAUGUG